AUGCAUCGGGCGGCGGACCCGCCGGGGGCCCUCGGGGGCUUGAGCUGUGCCGGGGGCCUGGACCUCUGUUCCCCCCCCCACCCCCAACCCCGCGCCUGGCUGCCUGGGGGCAGGUGUUCUGCCAGCAUCGGGCAGCCCCAGCUCCCGGUCCAUCUGCCCCCGGCCCCCGGUGGCAGCAUCGGGCACCCCAACAAGCCCUAUUACUCUCCUGGGACCGCGAGCUCUCGGCCGCUGCACGGAAAGUUGGAGUCCCUGCAUGGCUGGGUGCAGGCUCUGCUGCGGGACCCGGCCCAGCCGGGGCUGUGGGAGCAGCUGGGGCAGCUGUACGAGUCAGAGCAGGACAGCGAGGAGGCCCUGCGCUGCUACCAAAGCGCCCUCCGCUACGGGGCCAUCUACGCCCACCUGGGGCCCCGCAUCGGCCGCCUGCAGCAGGCCCAGCUCUGGAGCUUCCACUCAGGGUCCUCCCAUCACCGCGCCAAGGCACUGCCCCCCCUGGAGCAAGUGUGGAACCUCCUCCACCUCGAGCACAAGCGGAACUACGGCACGAAGCGGGGAGGUCCCCCGGUGAAGCGGGCGGCCGAGACCCCCGUGGUGCAGCCGGUGCCCCCCGUGGCGCCCCCCGACCCCGGGGACGAGAACCCGAGCCCCGGGGGCAAGCGGAGAAGGAGCUGCGGCCCCGAGCAGCCCGGCCCACCCCCGGGCUUGCCGCCCCCUCCCCCGCCGCCCCUGCCAGGCUUGGCCACCAGUCCCCCCUUCCAGCCCCCAAAGCCGGGGCUGUGGAGCCCACUUCACGGAGAGGCCUGGGGCGCUGAGCGCAAAGGCAUGGCCCCUCCGGACCGCCAGGAGCAGCGGCACUCGGUCCCCCACCCGUUCCCGUACCCGGCCCCCGCCUACGCUACGCAUCCCCCCGGCCCCGGCAGUCCCCGUGGCCCCCCGGGCCCCCGCCCCCCAGGAGCAGAGAGCCAUGGCUGCCCGCCCGCCGCGCCCCCCGGAAGUGACCUUAGAGAGAGCAGAGUUCACAGGUCGCGGCUGGACUCCAGCGUUUCACCAGCAGCAACCACCGCCUGCGUGCCUUAUGCCCCACCCCGGCCCCCCGGCGGCGGCACCACCAGCAGCGGCGGCCACGGCGGACCCCGGGGCGCGGAGCAGAGCCCAGGGCCUUGGUUCCGACCGCCUUCCCAAGCGCAGGCAGCACUGGGAGGCCGCCCCCACCACACGCCGGCCUGGGGCCUCUGGGAUUCACACUCCACCACCGCCGCCGCCACCUCCACCUCCGCCAUCACCACCACCAGCAGUAGCAGUCACGGGGGCGGUGGCAGCGGCAGCAACGGUCAACCCUCCUGCUCUCCCCCGGCCUCCCGCUCCUCCUCCUCCUCCUCCUCCUCCUGCUCCUCCGCCACCACCUGCCACCAAAAUACCUCAGGAAGCUUCAGGCGCCCGGAGAGCCCCCGGCCAGGGCUCCUUCCAAAGACCGCGGAGGCGGGGCGGGGUCCCCCGCCGGCCCCUGAGCGAGCCCAGCGGCCCCGGCCCCCCGGGGGAGGGGAGCCGCCCGGCCGGGGCGGGCCGCGACUGUUUGACUUCCCCGCGGCGCCCUUGGAGGACCAGUUCGAGGAGCCGGCCGAGUUCAAGAUCCUGCCCGACGGGCUGGCCAACAUCAUGAAGAUGCUGGACGAGUCCAUCCGCAGGGAGGAGGAGCAGCAGCGGCAGCGGGAGGCCGGUGGGGCACCACCGCCCUCCCCCUCCUCCGCCUCCGCCUCCUCUGCCACCGCCGCCCCUUCCUCCUCCUCCUCCUCCUCCUCCUCCUCCUCCUCCUCCUCGGAGCCCUACGCCCCUCUGCGGUGCCCCUUCCCAGUGGCCCAGGAGGAGAAGCCGCCGACGCCCCCGACACCGACCCUGGCCAAGUUCCAGCCGCCGCAGCCACCGCAGCCUCCGCCGCCCGGCCCGGCCGCCCUGCUCAAGUCCCUGGCCUCCGUGUUGGAGGGCCAGAAGUACUCUUACCGAGGGGCCGGGGGAGCCCCCCGGCCCGCGCCUCCGUCCGCUCCUCCGUCCGCCUUGCAGUAUUCCCCCGCCCCUCCGCCAGGUGCUAACCCCUCCCCGGCGGGGGCCAAGAAGAGCCCACCGGGCCCCUCGCAGCCGCCCCUGCGCCGCCCGCCGCCCUCUCCGUCAUCUCAAAUUUCUACCUCAAACGGGCCCUGGGCCCGGGAGCGAGGAGGGGGCCAGGAGCCCCCCGGGGGCCCCGCCGGCCAGCUGCCCCUGCCGCCGCCCGCCCGCUCGGAGUCCGAGGUGCUAGAGGAGAUCAGCCGGGCCUGCGAGACGCUGGUGGGGCGGGUGGGCCGGCCCGCGGGGGAGCCGCCCGAGCCGGGCCCGGAGAGAGGCCGCCCGGGCCAGGGAGGAGAGCGGGGGCGGGGCGGCCCGCGGCGGCGGCCGCGGCGGGAGAAGGAGCACCGGCGGCACCAGCGGCGGGCAUGCAGAGAUGGCGGUCACCGGCACCGUGAGGGCAAAGGGCACAAAGAGAAGAACCGGCAGGUGCUGGGCAACCUGGACUUGCAGAGCAAGGAGAUCCAAGGGCGGGACAAGGCCAAGCCCGAGGCCGGGGGCGCGGCCAAAGCCAAACCCCCGCCCCCUCCGCCACCACCCUCCGUCCCCCCGCCCGGCCCGCCGCCCGCCUCCGGGCCCGCCCCGGCCGGGGAGCCCCGCCGCAAGGCCCGCGAGGAGGCGCCGGGGCCACCCGGGGUGAGCCCGGCAGACAUGCUGAAGCUGCGCUCGCUGAGCGAGGGUCCGCCCAAGGAGCUGAAGAUCCGCCUCAUCAAAGUGGAGAGCGGUGACAAGGAAACCUUCAUCGCCUCCGAGGUGGAGGAGGAGCGGCGCAGGCUCAGCAUGGCCGACCUCACCAUCGCCCACUGUGCUGCCGACGUCGUGCGGGCCAGCAGGCACGCCAAGGUGAAGGGCAGGUUCCGGGAGUCCUACCUGUCGCCCGCCCAAUCCGUGAAGCCCCAGAUUAACUCCGAGGAGAAGCUGCCCCGGGAGAAGCUCAACCCCCCUACGCCCAGCAUCUACCUGGAGAGCAAGCGGGACGCCUUCUCUCCAGUGCUUCUGCAGUUCUGCACAGACCCCCGGAACCCCAUCACCGUCAUCCGCGGCCUGGCCGGCUCCCUUCGCCUAAAUCUGGGCCUGUUCUCCACGAAGACGCUGGUGGAGGCAAGCGGGGAGCACGCCGUGGAGGUGCGCACCCAGGUGCAGCAGCCUUCGGACGAGAACUGGGACCUGUCCGGCACCCGGCAGAUCUGGCCCUGCGAGAGCAGCCGCUCCCACACCACCAUCGCCAAAUAUGCUCAGUACCAGGCCUCGUCCUUCCAAGAGUCCCUACAGGAGGAGAAGGAAAGCGAGGAUGAAGAAUCGGAGGAGCCUGACAGCACCACGGAGACGCCCCCCAGCAACCCAGACCAGAAAGCCCAUCACAUCAUCAAAUUCGGCACCAACAUCGACCUGUCAGAUGCCAAGCGAUGGAAGCCGCAGCUGCAGGAGCUGUUGAAGCUGCCCGCCUUCAUGCGGGUCACAUCCACCGGCAACAUGCUGAGUCACGUGGGGCACACGAUCCUGGGAAUGAACACCGUGCAGUUGUACAUGAAGGUGCCGGGGAGCCGCACGCCAGGCCAUCAGGAGAACAACAACUUCUGCUCCGUGAACAUCAACAUCGGGCCGGGCGACUGCGAGUGGUUCGCGGUGCACGAGCACUACUGGGAGACCAUCAGCGCCUUCUGCGACCGGCACGGGGUGGACUACCUGACAGGCUCGUGGUGGCCGAUCCUGGAGGACCUGUACGCCUCCAACAUCCCCGUCUACCGCUUCGUGCAGCGGCCCGGGGACCUGGUGUGGAUCAACGCCGGCACCGUCCAUUGGGUGCAGGCCACCGGCUGGUGCAAUAACAUCGCCUGGAACGUGGGGCCCCUCACCGCCUACCAGUACCAGCUGGCCUUGGAGCGCUACGAGUGGAACGAGGUGAAGAACGUCAAGUCCAUCGUCCCCAUGAUCCACGUGUCGUGGAACGUGGCCCGCACCGUCAAGGUCAGCGACCCCGACCUCUACAGGAUGAUCAAGUUCUGUCUGAUGCAGUCCAUGAAGCACUGCCAGGUGCAGCGGGAGAGCCUUGUGCGGGCGGGCAAGAAGAUUGCCUACCAGGGCCGCGUCAAAGAUGAGCCAGCGUACUACUGCAACGAGUGUGAUGUGGAGGUAUUCAACAUCCUGUUUGUGACCAGUGAGAAUGGCAGCCGCAACACGUACCUGGUGCACUGCGAGGCUUGUGCCCGGCGCCGCAGUGCCAGCCUGCAUGGGGUGGUGGUGCUGGAGCAGUAUAAGACCGAGGAGCUGUCCCAAGCCUACGACAGCUUCGUCCUGGCUGGAUCCAGCAGCUCCCGAUGAGGCAGGAAACGCCCCCCCUCUGGAGGGGGGGCCACACCCACCCCCGUCCCCAUGGCGACGGCUCCCACCCCCCACCCCCCCUGCCAAUCUACUGCGCCUGCCUAGCACACGCCAGGGGGAGGGGGCCCCUCCCUGGCCUAGGGGGCACAGGAGCCGGUGGGGGGUGGGGGGUGGGGCUAAGCCCCAUCCCUGCUGGCAGCUCAACCCCCCCCCUUAAUUUAUUCAGAAUCUUUUGGUUUGUUUUUGUUUUAUUUUGUUUUGUUUUUUUUUUAAAUGAGGAAAAAGACAAAAAAAAAGACAAGACAAACAGGAUGUGGGGGGAAGGGCCAGCUGGGCCCCCCUCCCCUUGCUUCCCCCCUUCCCCCCCAACUGGGCACAACCACCAAUUUUGGCCUUUACAGCAACAGACACAAGGAUGGCAGGGGUGGAGCGGGGGUGUCGCAUACGGGUUCCCUCUCAGUGGCCCCCCCCAUCCAGCCCCUUGCCUGGGCUGAGCAGAGCUGUACAGGAUUAUACAUAUAUAUAUAUAUAUAUUAUAUAUAUAUAGUGGUGGCUGAGGUUUUUAACGAGAUUCUUACGGGCUUCACCUCUCCUUUUUUAUUUUAAACGUUGUCUCCCCCCCCCGCCCCCACCCCACCUCUCUCCUUGGCAGCUUCCCCCCCAGCCCCAAUUCAUGUAAUUGUUUUUUCUGAUUUUAUUUCUCUUUGUUUUUUUUAAUUUAUAACAGUCCUGCUCUCCUCUAUUUAUUCAUUGCCUGUGGGGGUGGGAUGUGCCCCCACCCUCCACCCCUUCCUUCCCCCCACCAGCCUCUGGCCUUGGUCUCAUGGUGCUCAACCCCCUCCCCCUUCCCCUGCGGUAAGGUCCUCCCAGGGUCCUGCACUUUCUCUGUUCCUCUUCCUCCUCCCCACAGGGACCUCCUCCAUUCCCCCCGCUCCCCCUAACACACCCAAACCCCCAACCUCCCGCCCCCCGAACCUCCCCUCGAGAGGCCGAGCGGCUACUGUACUGUAGGGGAAAAGGAAAAUGGAAAAAGAAAACCCUCCUUAUUUUGUACAUGGGGAAAAGAAAAAAAGGCAAACUAUGAGAAUAAAGGUUCUCCCUCCCCCCCAGACACCCACUCAUCACCCCGGCCCCUGUUUUUAAAUGACUUUUUUAGGAUGAAAUGGGCUGGGCUGAGGCAGGGUGGGUGGGGUGGGAGGGGGAGGGGGUGGGGUUCCUUAUUGUGAUCUUCUUGGGGUUUUUGUUUUCAUUUUGUUCUCGUUUCGUCCUUUGCCCCCCUACCCCGGGGGAUCGGGGAGGUGGUGUGGGGGGCCAGGGGGUGGGGCCCAGGGGCGGCCCCAGCCCCCCAUCCCUGCCCCCUCCCCAACUGCCGCCCCUUGGGCCGAGCCGGUUCUCUCACUGCACUGUUGCGCUCUGUCCCGGGACAAGGGUCUCUCCCCCGCGCCCCCCCACCCCCACCCCACCUCCCACCCCCUGGCCUCUCGGUGAAUUUGUGUGAGAAUAUUAAUAUUAAAAAUAAAAGCAGAAAAAAACCCUGUUUUGAUAAAG